AUGUCAGCAAAUGCUGCGAAUCGCAACAUCAACACCAACUGCAAUGUGUCAUCACAACCAAUAAGCGAAAGAGUGGAUGAUACAACAACGCUCGACGUAAUGGCGACUCUCGACGAAAUUGUUCAACAUGUCGACAUUAACCACAAGCACGAGUCUGAUACAAAGUUUGGGCCAAGAUUGAGGUUGCUUCAGACACAACGCUUGGAGAAGCCCAUCGAGCCCAAAGGCGACGACAUAUGGAUCUUGAGAGGAACCAUUUCGCAUCCCAACCUCAAUACCAAAGAAGUCAACCCCGACUCAUCAUCUCCAAAGAAAUCGGCAACAUUCGUCCAGAAAUGUGUAACUUUCAACGAAGACUUAAACGAAGUACACACAUAUCCAAAGAGAAAGGCGCAUAGCAAAGCAAAAACGAUCAUCAGAAACAUUGUGAACAAAUUGUUCCAAAGGCACACGAACAAGCUGUAGAUCCAGGCACUGCUACGCACGCUUCCAAGAUCUUUCAGGAAUCAGUUAUUGCAUUUGCUAACUGCGCAAGACAUACGAUCAGACUGUAGAUCCAGUGGCAUUGCUACUCACGCUUCCAAGUUCUAACUCAGUUGAUCAUAUUGCUGUUUUAGUUUGAAAAAUUGUCAAGAGAUUAAAUCUGAAUCACGCAUGCUUUUUGAUUGAAUAUUCACUAUUGUAAAUGCUACUGUAAAUAUAUUAAUAUUAUAAUUAUGUACACU